AUGGCCAAUCGCAUGUGCUCCUCCGUCAGCCCUCCAUUAUCGUCAGGGGUGCUCGCGGAUGACGGUACUUUGGAGACGCUCAGUAGCCAGGGCGCGCGGGUGUCCAAGGCAUCGUCGCGCACCAGGUUAGCUCGCGCCGAGAAGUUCUAUCGCCGGGACAGUUCGCGCGCAUUAAGAGAGCGGGAGCGAAGGCUAUCUACCUCGGCUUCGAACCAACCCACGCGCUAUGAGGAUACCAGUGGCGGGGUGCCGUCGAAGCACUUGCUCACGGAUGAAUCGGAGUUGACCAGGGAGUCGGACUAUCAAACCAUCUAUGAAAGUCCGCCUGUAGAGCGGAGAGACCAUUCACCGUCCACGGUCCCUCAAAUGACAGUCGCUAAUAAAGGGGGCGAUGGUGGUGGGGUGGAUGAGGGAGAUGGGGAUAAAAUGGAAGUGGAUGAGCCGUCCCCGGCCCAGAACCCAGCCAAUGAAUCAAAUGACGAGCAUGACGAUCCGAAUUCAUCCUUAUCCUCACAAGGCUUGAUAUCAGCCGGUUCAAGGACUCCGGGGAUAGAGGAGAUGUUUAAACAGCCCCAAACCAAUCCAAUCACAGAAGAUCAAUUGAUCAAUGAGGUGCGCAUGAUCUAUGCCGGGCUGGUCAAGGUGGAAAAAAAAUGCAUCGAGAUCGACAAGAAACAAACAGAAUCACAGGUCGAAUUGUCCGGCUUACAAUGGCAAGCGAUGAUAUCUUUGCACCAGACCUUACUUUAUGAACACCAUGAUUUCUUCCUGGCAUCGCAACACCCGUCCGCCAGUCCGGUGUUGAAGCGCCUGGCCGAAAAAUAUGCCAUGCCCGCGAGGAUGUGGCGAUAUGGGAUCCAUUCGUUCUUGGAGCUCCUCCGACAGAAGCUCCCGAAAUCGUUGGACUACAUGUUGAACUUCAUCUAUCUCGCCUACUCGAUGAUGACGCUCUUAUUUGAAAGCGUCGAUGCGUUCCGCGAGACGUGGAUCGAGUGCCUUGGAGAUCUAGCACGAUAUCGCAUGGCGGUAGAAGAGUCUGAUAUGAGAGAUCGUGAAGUGUGGGCCGGAGUCUCACGAUAUUGGUACAAUCAAGAUGCGGAUCGCAGCCCCGAAGUGGGUCGUAUUCAACACCACCUGGCAGUGCUAGCUCGUCCGGACCUGCUACAACAGCUCUUCCACUACACCAAGGCCCUAGUGAGUGUGCGUCCAUUCCCCAACGCACGAGAGAGUAUUGUCCUCCUCUUCGGUCCGUAUAACGGGCAAGCUCUGCAUCAACAUACCAUGGUUACCGCCCUCAUUGCUACUCAUAGUGCCCUCUUCAAUCAAUGGCCAGCGGAGCAGUUUAUUAUUUUGGCAAAUCACUUCUUGGCACUUUUAUGGCGAGAGGCUCGUCGGUUAGGUUCUCAGGGCCAAACUGGAGUCUAUAUCAUGUCGUGUAAUUUCGCGUCAAUCCUUCAAUAUGGCGACCCCGAAGCCGUGAUGGCUAUGGAAUUCUCUCAGAAGGACCAUGAAACCGCUGCCGAUGCACAUGCCUUUGCGCUCAAUUGGACUUCGGGCUUGGACUUGAAAACCAAGAUUCAGGAAGUCGGUGAACCGACCGAGCCCAGCGUGCAUCUGCCCCCAAUGGCUUUCCAAGGAACCUCUCUUGCCUUCCACACCCUCUCAGUCCUACUCAAUCAUCUGGGCGAUCCCAGCAUAUACCCAAGCGUGCAUAUCUCGCUGUCCUUUAUCUGGAGCCUGGCCCUCCAUCCGCCCGCCAUGCAACAAGUUGAAACGUUCAUCCCCUGGGUGGGCAUCGCCGGCUUCCUCAACACCUUAUUCCGUCCCGAUAUCAAUUUCGCCAAAAUCGAAGGCGACGAAUUCCCAGUCCUCGACGAUGGAGCAAUACCACAACUACCGGAGGAUUUCCUAAUUCGCGGCCAAUCAUGGAGCCAGCUCUACUUCCCGAAGAACUUUUUCGAAGGAGCCCCCUCGGAGGACGACAGACCCGUCGUGGAAGGGCCUUCUACACUCAUACCCCGCAGGCACAGGUGCCUCUGGCUAGGUGUGCGGAUCGCAACGCGGAAUCCUGUGGCGGUCUUAACAGCAGAGCACCUAUACUGGCUCGAGCAGAUCAUGAUAUGCGCGGAAUGUGACAAUGCCGUGUCCUUCAACACGGCUACGCCAGGUGGCUGGUGA